GCAAACUUGCAGUUUUUUAAUGAUGAUUGAUUGAUUCAAACACAUGGAAUUGAAUUUGUGAGAUCAUCGAUAAUCUUAAAAUCAUGAUUUAAAUCAUGUAAAAUUAAAGCGUUGAGGCUAAUUCGUUUCUAAUUUUACAAUUAGCAAUAUUAUACGCUGUUUUCUCAGGUAUAUUUCACUCUGUUUCCAAAAUUGUAAAAUGAGCCUCGACCACUCUUGACCCCCCAAAAUGCCAUGAAAUUACUGUCUAAAAUUUGCUAAAUGCAGGUUUUAGGAAAAUCUGUAAAAUAUUGGAUGAAAAAUUUCCGACGGUUUUUUGGUACGAGUAUAAAUUGGGAGAAUAAAUUUUACAACAUUGAAAGGGAAUAAGAUAUUUUCUUUAAAUAAUGAGGUAUCAUAUUAUGUUUUGUUUAUUUUUGCACGUGUGUGUUUUUGUUUCAAUGUUGUUUGCUGUUUUACGUGUCCUUGCUACCGCUUUCCAGGGUCGCAGUCCGCCAUCGUCCAAAGUACCAAUCGGUACGUGCGCAGUCGAGCGCCUGCUGAUGCGCACCGGCAAUUCGCCACACCGACACGGGUUUUCUACCCCGGCGCCCGCUAGACCUUGCAAAGGACAACAGGAUUACUCUUCGCCUUUGCCGCCUUUGGCUUUUCCGCCACCCGAGGCACCCCUGGCGCCUAUUACGCCCACCACAUACCCGCCGACCCAGUACUGGGCGCAGGGCUUCUCCACGCCGCUACCGUCCCUCAUAUCCAAAGGGGCGCAAACCUCACCCGCGCCCGCGAACUUAAUCCCCGUAUCCAUCUCCACGAGAUUACCGCGCCCCAUUGCGAUCUACGGAGACUCGACGCCCGGCCCGCAAAGUUUCACGAAACACGCGCAAAGUUGGCCGGAUUUCUCGCAGAGUUCACCGAGUUUCGCGCAAAGUUCGGUCGGUUUCACGCAGACGCCUUCCUUCGCACCGACCGCGUCUAGUUUCGAUCGCAAGUUGACGAAGGGUUCGUCCGAUUCAUCGUACGCCUCGCGGAAAUUCUCGCGACCCGCGUCCGAUUUCGAGACGUCGCUGAGCGUCGUGCCGAGCCAUUCCGGUUUCGCGCAGCAGCCUUCGCUGAAAAUCGCGCAAAGUUUCCCGCAGAGUUCCGGUUUCGCGCAGACCUCGUCCGGGUUUGCGCAGCCUCCGGUCUCGUCCGGUUUCGCGCAGACCUCGCUGAAAAUCGCGCAAAGUUCCCCGCAGAGCUCCGGUUCGUCUGGGUUUGCGCAUCCCUCUGUUUCACCGAGUUUUCCGCAGACUCCGCUGAAACUAUCGCAAAGUUUCCCACAGAGCUCCGGUUUCGGGCAGCGCUCGCCCGUUUUGACAGAGACUUCGAGCUAUUUUGUGCAGAAAUCACCCAAGGUACCGCAAAGCGCGUCAACGUUCGCGCAGACUCCGUCGAAUUUCGCAGGAUACUCGCUCGGAUCAGGAGGAAUCCCCAGCAACUUUGCUCAGUCCCCGCUGAAACCGUCUCAAACUUUCCUCGGUCAAGCAUCCGACUCUACGCAGUACUCCAAUAUCGCGAAAGCACCCGGCGGUUUCGCCCAGACUGCACCCACUUUAGUGCGAGCCCCUUCGAACUUAGCUCAGUACUCGAUUAAUUUCGGCGGAGCUCCCAGUGACUACGCGCAAUUCCAGCAAAGCGCGCCCAGCCACGUCCAGACUUCGUCCCCAAGUCCGAGACAACACGGUUUCGUGAAAACUUCUUCGAGUUUUACGCCCGGUUUUGGUCCGACUUCGAUGAGUUUUGCGCCCACUGCGCCCACCUUUGCGUCGCCAGCGCCCAGCUACGCGGUGCCCACUUCAUUCGGAGGUGAAUCCGAUUUCCGCCUCCUCUCACCGAUCGUCUCCAAGACGAACUACGCCUACUGGCCGACCUCCAAUAGUUCUUAUCCAAUCUGGCUCACAGCUUCGUGACAUCCGCUCAACUGAAGAUUCAGGAAAUUUGAAAUGAAAAAUUGAUCAUUUGUUGCUAAACGACAAGGACUACGAGAGCGACCAGAGCUACGACGAAAUGGUGCGAAACCAAGUCAACUACAUGAAGAAGUACGUGCAGAACAUGCUACGGCCACAUCGGAGUCAUUUCCGGGCAAAAC